AUGGCCAUCACAUUGUCCUGGAGACACGCCGUUCUGGCAUCCACUCUUUUGUUCGGUCAAGCAGUUCAGGCUGUCCCUGCUCCUCAGGAUGGUGCUGUUGUUGUAACUGUCACAUCCGAGGCUGUGGUGGUCACCGAGACCGCGGUGGCCGAGACGACCGCCGCCGAGACCGUCGCCGAGACCACAGCUGUUGAGGAAACAGAGGUGGUAGUAACCGAGACUCCUACCGCAACCGAGGAGAUCGAGGAGAUCAUCUCCACCAUCACCGAGGCAACCGCUACAGCCACGCCUGUUGUUAUCGUCAACGGCACCGAGCCUGCGAGGGGAAAGAAGAACAACAACAAUAACAACAACAGAGGCAAGGGCAAGAAUAACAGCAACAUCCGUCUUCAGGAUCUGCUCCAGCUUAUUGGAGGAGGCAAUGCCAACAUCAACGAUCUCUUGAGGCUCAUCGGAAUCGGAGGGAAUGGCCUCAACCUCGGCGCCGGCAACAACAACCUGAACCUUGGCGGACUUCUCAACUUGAUUGGCGGCGGCAGAGUCAACCGUGUCGUGCGGGUCGAUGACUCCGACGACGAGCUUGAUAUCGAUGACGUCGAUGACAUCCUGGAGCUGCUCCUCGGCCAGGUCCUCAGAGGCAACGGCAACGGCAACGGUAACGCUCAGCUCAACCAGCUCCUCCAGCUUGUCACUGGUCAGCUCCAGGGCCAGGGCCAAAACGUCAACAGAGGCCAGCUCAACCAGCUUUUGGGCUUACUUGUUGGUCAGGCUCAGGGCAAGGGCAAGGGCAAUGCUAAUGGUGCUAUCAAUGACCUUCUCAGACUCGUUGGUGCCGGUGCCCAACAGCUUCAAGUUGGCAAGGGCAAGGGCAAGGGCAAGGGUAAUGCCGCUGUUGUUCUUGCGCGUCAGGCACCCGAGGGCAAGGGUAAGGGCAAGGGAAAGGGAAAGGGAAAGAACAAUGGAAACGACACCGACUCCGACACUGACGGCAUCGACUCUGACACUGAUGGCGAGGACUCUGACAGCGACUCUGACAAUGGCAGAGGCCGCAUUGGAAAGAGGUCGAUGAGAAACGGGCAGAGAUUCUACCGUCUCUAA